CGCUUCCUUCCGCGACAGGAAAAGGGGUCCCAGCGCCUGCGCAAAACCCGGCUGGGCGCUCGUCACGGAGGGGGUGGGGGUGCGCAGGGAGCGGGAGCUGCCGCCGCCGCCGGAGCUAACCGCGGGGACCGAGAUGCAGGUGGGACCGGAACCGGAACCCCCCCUCUUCAAGUGCCUCUUUCCUCUCCGCGUCCCGGCCCCGGCGCCUGAGAACGAGCCCUGGGUGGGAGUGGGCGUGGAGGGCCGGGCAGCGGGGCGCUCGGCCCCGCACAGUGCAGCAGUCAGGACAGGUCCUGAGGAGGCUGUGUCCCCGGGGAAUGGGCGGGUGCAGAGUGUCCAGGGAGUAGGGUCGGGUCGGAGUGGAUUGACCACCGGGCCCGGAGGGUCCAACCAAGCCAGGAGCGGAGCCUGCACUCUCCACCACCCGCCCUUCGGGAAAUAGCAGAACUGAGCCAAGAGGCAGGUGCAUCGGGAAAAUGUGUCUGAGUCCUGCUUGGCAGAAGAGAAACUGAGUCACCAGCUCAGGAGCCUCAGGGUCAGCGGACCUGAAGGGGGCUGGGUUGCCUGUGGUGCAGAGGGCUGGGUGGGCCUGUGUGAGCUGAGGUGGCCUCUGGCUGGAGAUUGGUCUGUGCUGUGUCUACACCUCUUGGCUCGGUUCCCCCGUGCUCCAUGACUCCUGCGUCUCCUGGCUGCUUCUCGUUGGUUUGGAGUUAUCCCUAUGGUUGGGGCCGUCUGAGUGUGUAGGGCUUAGGCCAAGGUGAUAGAGGAGGGGUCGCUGACUUUCAGCCUGGCUGUGGGUUUGAGUAGGAGUCUGAGGUUGCGGAGGGUUCAGGGAGACUUUUCUGAGCUGCCCUGGCCCCAGUUACCUUACAGUACAGCUUGGAGGAGCACUAACAAAAGAGCCAUCGUUUGUAAAUUCCACGCCCAGCUCUGCCACUUUCUAGUUGUAAGGCCUUGGUAAGGGUCUUCCUUUCUUUAAUUUCUCUUUUAGACUAUUAGAGUCGUGAUACUCUUCUCCUCCAUGAAGAUGGUAACAAUGGCAGUCAUUUAUUGUGUGCUUACUUUGUGUCAAGAACUGACAUAUUCCACUUAAUUCUCCCAACAGUUCUAGCAGGUGGGGAUCAUUAACUCUGUUUUACAGAUAACGAAAACUGAAGCUCAGAGAGGACGUGUAAUUUGUCAAGAUCACACAGCUAAUAGGUGGCUGAGCUGAAGUUUCAGCCUAAGUCUGACAUCAGAACCCAUGGCCUUUAAGCAGCAGGCUAACCAGCCUUUAGAGCACACUCCCCAGUGAGAGAAGAGGGAGGUGAAAAAUCCUAGGGCCCCAGCCCCUUGUGAUAUUUUGGCCAGCAGAGACUUGCCCUGACCCAACCCAGUCUCUCCUCUGGUGCUGCAGCAUCUGGGCCCCAGGCUGAAGGGGCACCGAAGAAGUGGGCUGGGCUGUAGCUAUUCCAAGUCUCCUUCACACAGUGAUUGAGUGCUGGACUCCAGGGUGAGCUUUCAAAACAAUUGCUAUUUCAAUCCAUCAUCCAUCCGUCCUCCUUAAUGGAUGACCUCCCUCCAAAAAGCUGGACCAUAAGGUGCAUGAGGCAGGGUCUCUAAGCUCUGUAGUCCCAGCUCUUCUCUGGCCCCAUGAGAGCUGGAGCGGUAAGGCACUCCCUGGGGACAAGGACAAUGCAGUGGGAAAAACAGUAGACCUGGAGUUCUGAAACUUUUCUGAGCUUCAGUUUCCUCAUCUGUUAGGCUAUUAAAACCUCUUACAGGUAAAGGUAAGAUAACCACGUGGAAUCCUCUAGAAUGUCACAUGGGAAGUAUGUAAUGAAUAUUGGAGGAUCCAUCAUAAAGAAAGAGGUGAUCUGGAAAAGUUGUGGGGGGUGUUUUGGUGAGGGGGAGGAAGGUGCUCCACAGUCAUCUGUCAGUUGUGGAUCUGAAGCCAGGGGAAGUGGCCGGGAAGGCAGCAGGGUGUGGGCAGGCUAGACAUUGGAGCACCAGUUGAGUGGGGCUUGUGGGGUGCAAGGACCUGGGAGAGGGAAAGGCGGUUUGGUUCUCUUCCCCAUUGCUCUAUGAGGAGUCCGAACUGGCCUAGGGAGUCUCUGGCUUGGGGUGGGACUCUCCACUAGUCCCACCUCAGCAGUGACCAGGUGUAUGUGCCUCUCUCUCCUGCAGCUGCUGCCGCUCAGCCCGUGUCUUCUGGCCGCUUCCCUCUUUGCUGCCCCUCCCCACAGGCUCCCCCUCUCCACCUCCUGGGGACCAUCAUGAAUGGUGCCCCUUCCCCGGAGGAUGGGGCCUCCCCCUCCCCUCCCCCCCUGCCACCACCUCCUCCCCCUAGUUGGCGGGAGUUCUGUGAGUCCCAUGCCCGGGCUGCUGCCCUGGAUUUUGCCCGCCGUUUCCGCCUCUACCUGGCCUCCCACCCCCAAUAUGCGGGACCUGGGGCUGAGGCUGCCUUCUCCCGCCGUUUCGCUGAGCUCUUCCUGCAGCACUUCGAAGCAGAGGUGGCCCGGGCCUCUGGCUCCCUCUCACCACCCAUCCUGGCUCCCCUGAGUCCUGGUGUGGAGAUCUCGCCACAUGACCUGUCCCUUGAGAGCUGCAGGGUGGGUGGGCCCCUGGCUGUGCUGGGCCCUUCUCGAUCAUCUGAGGACCUGGCUGGCCCCCUCCCUUCCUCAGUCUCUUCCUCUUCUACGACCUCCUCGAAGCCGAAGCUAAAGAAACGCUUCUCCCUCCGAUCAGUGGGUCGCUCCGUCCGAGGUUCAGUCCGUGGCAUCCUGCAGUGGCGGGGGACCGUUGAUCCCCCCUCCCCAGCGGGGCCCCUGGAAACCUCAUCAGGCCCCCCAGUCUUAGGUGGAAACAGCAACUCCAACUCCUCUGGUGGGGCUGGGACCAUUGGUAGGGGACUGGCAAGUGAUGGAACAUCCCCUGGGGAAAGAUGGACUCACCGUUUUGAGAGGCUGAGACUCAGUCGGGGAGGGGGGACCUUGAAGGACGCAGUGGGGACGGUGCAGAGGGAAGAGCUGCUGAGUUUCAUGGGGGCUGAAGAGGCAGCCCCUGAGCCAGCUGGCGUGGGCCGGGGAGGUGGGGCACCUGGACCUACCUCAGGGGGAGGAGGGCAACCUCAGUGGCAGAAGUGUCGCUUACUGCUUCGAAGUGAAGGAGAAGGAGGAGGAGGAAGUCGCCUGGAGUUCUUUGUACCACCCAAGGCAUCUCGGCCCCGACUCAGCAUUCCCUGCUCUACGAUCACAGAUGUCCGGACGACCACAGCCCUGGAGAUGCCUGACCGGGAGAACACAUUUGUGGUUAAGGUGGAAGGCCCCUCAGAGUAUAUCCUAGAGACAGCUGAUGCUCAACAUGUGAAGGCCUGGGUGUCCGACAUCCAAGAGUGCCUGAGCCCAGGACCCUGCCCUGCUACCAGUCCCCGCCCCAUGACUCUCCCUCUUGCCCCUGGGACCUCAUUCAUUACAAGGGAGAACACGGACAGCCUGGAGCUAUCCUGCCUGAAUCACUCAGAAAGUCUGCCCAGCCAGGAUAUGCUGCUGGGACCGAGCGAGAGCAACGACCGCCUGUCGCAGGGGGCAUACGGGGGCCUCUCAGACCGCCCCUCAGCAUCCAUCUCCCCCAGUUCCGCCUCCAUUGCCGCCUCUCAUUUUGAUUCAAUGGAACUGCUUCCCCCAGAGUUGCCUCCCCGCAUCCCCAUUGAAGAAGGACCCCCAGCAGGGACAGUUCAUCCCCUCUCAGCCCCCUACCCUCCCCUGGAUACUCCGGAAACAGCCACAGGGUCAUUCCUGUUCCAGGGGGAGUCAGAGGGAGGUGAUGGGGACCAGCCCCUCUGCGGAUAUCCUUGGUUCCAUGGGAUGCUCUCUCGACUCAAGGCUGCCCAGUUAGUGCUGACAGGAGGCACUGGCUCCCAUGGUGUCUUCCUGGUGCGGCAGAGCGAGACGAGGCGGGGUGAAUAUGUCCUCACUUUCAACUUCCAGGGCAAGGCCAAGCACCUGCGUUUGUCCCUGAAUGAGGAGGGUCAGUGCCGGGUCCAGCACCUGUGGUUCCAGUCCAUUUUUGAUAUGCUCGAGCAUUUCCGGGUGCACCCCAUCCCUCUGGAGUCUGGAGGCUCCAGUGAUGUUGUCCUUGUCAGCUAUGUCCCGUCCUCCCAGCGACAGCAGGGUGAGCAGAGCAGGUCUGCAGGGGAGGAGGUGCCCGCGCACCCAAGAAGUGAGAAUCGAACACCUCCCAUGAUCCACCCCAGCCCCCUGAUCCCCCUUCAUGGACAGAUGCCCCACAUCCUGGGACAGAAGAGGCGUCGGGGGCGCCAGAAGUGGCGGCAGCAACAGCCGCAGCAGCCAAAGAGAGGCAAGAGAAAGAGAAAGCGGGCGGUGGAGGGGUCCAGGAAGAGCUGGUCCCCGUGGCUGAGCUGGUCCCCGUGGUUGAAUUGGAAGAGGCCGUAGCACCUUGCACGGAGGCCCAGGGAGGCGCUGGAUCUGUUGGGAACUCUGGGGUGAGCCUGAUGGUGCAGCUCCAGCAGUUACCACGAGGGGGCGAUGGAGAAGAAGGGGGCCACCCCAGAGCCAUUAAUAACCAGUACUCCUUUGUGUGAGACGCCCUACCCACCCUUUCUCCACUCUUUGUUCCCCAGCCCUUGGUUCCUGAGACUGGGCUGGGUAGGGACAUAGAGAUAGAAACCCCUCCCACAUGCUUCCUGACCUCAUUGGCCAAGGGCAUAUAUGUUGGUACAAGCAGAGGUUCAAGAGCCCUGUUGACCCCCCAGUUCAUACACUACAGGCGCCCCUUCCCCUGGGCAGAGGAUUUGGGCUCCAUUACCUCCUUGAGGGGCUCUUGUGGUCAGCCCCACCCCUGGGGGCCAUUUCCCCAUGAACCACCCCUCAGCCCAAGGAAGGGUGAGGGAGGAAGGGCUGUCCGUGAUAUUAAGAUUGUUGUUGUUGUUGUUUUAAACAAAAUGGAGAAGCAUAAAUAAAUAAAAGGGUUUAUCUCAGUUCCAUCAUGA